AGUUUGCGACAGGCGAGGACAGGUCUUGCAAGUAAUUCGCUUCAGAGCGUGGUAUCUGAAUCUGUAGGCCUCUAUUAGUCGUUUUUUGGUUAGAAAUUAGGGUAAAAGUUGAGUUUAAGGAUAUGGAUAAGGCCAACGUCUCUGUUUAAGUUCAUUUGGCUGUCUUUUUUUAAGUGGAUCCCUCCCUAUCCUAUUCUAUCUUGUUAAUUAUCCUACCACAAUUAUAAUCGUGCGAUUUUUAGUUGUCUACUUAACUAGAAUCAACAUUAUUUAUUCCGGCUCUUAUCCUACUACAAAUACUUUUAUAAUUGUGUGAGUUGUAGUUGUCUAACUAGAAUCAAAAUGAUGUUGCGUGCGCAGGAGUUGUCUAAGGCUUUGCGGAGAGUUUGCGACGAGGGAGAAGAUUCCAGUCAGCUCCAGAACAUCUUGCUAGUCGAUGAUGAAGUUAAGGCUUCUUCCACAAAUGAUCUCCCAACAUUUUCCUAUUUUGAGAAGCAAGGCUUCUUCUUCCACAAGAAAUCAUUUCAAACAACAUUUUUUUAUUUUGAAAAGACAAGAAUGAUGGAAGAAACAACUAUUGGUGUAGUACGUACAGGUACAGGCACUACAGCUAGUUGUGCUGCAACCUCCGUUUAGAACUGGGGGAACUAUGUACUUAUAAAUAUAAUGGUGGUCCGUCCACGAUGCAUUUCAAGAGGGACAAAUAAAGUUAUGGAUUCAAAAGGGACUUAAGCUUAUAAUUGACGCUCUAAUGAAGGUUCAAUCCUCGGAGCAGCGCAUACGAAGGACGAGGGCGGAAGCCGGGACGAACAUCUGACAUACUCGUCAGCAGUCUUGGCUUCUAUAUUAUGGUUUGUUUUACCUAUUUAAUCAAACUAGCCUCCACAAGCUUCGCCCGGCUUCAAGUUACUUUAGCACUUUCCUGCGGCCUCCCACGGGCUACAGCCGCUAGAGUAGAGACAGCCCGCGGGUGAGCUGUUGCACCCUACGAAUUGACUACGACAAGAGCCGGGUGCCGGCGGUGGCCGACUCAGAUGCGUCGACUCAUGUGCAGGGGAUUGCGCUGCCUUCGGUUUUUUUUUGAGAUUGCCGGGGGGGUCAUGCAAAUUCUUAAGAAUUUGCAAGACCCCCACGGCAGUCCAACAAAAAAACCAGAAGAGAGCCACCAGACACGCACAAGAAUCCGCAAGCCCCAACGCACGCAAGCGCCUCGCGGUGGCGCCAGGCAAGAACGAGGGGCGACCUUGAUGGGCCAAACAAGACAAAGCAACGCAGGGCCGCGCUGCUUGGGUCUCUCUACGCGCUUACACCUGGCGGGGCUUCUUUGUUUCGUCAGAUGUCUCUCGUCAGAAACAGGCGGGCGCACUUCGCGGGGUCGUGCGGCGUCGCGCUUCGGGCUGUGGCUGAAGCCUCUCGGCUGGCUGACGUCUUUCACCAAGCUGGAGACUAAGGCCCUCCAUCAGGCUGAUGCCGUUCGUCAGCCCAACGCUCUGCGCCAGGCUGGCGGCGUUCGUCGGGCAGGCCGGCGCCCCUCGGCAGGCGUCUUGGGUCAGGCUGAGGCUUUUCGUCAGGGUCGGGCGACGUCUCUCGUCAGGCUGAAGCGCUUCGCCUGGCUGACAUUCCUCGCCGGGCCGAGACUCACGCCUUUGGUCAGGUUGAUGGCUUGCUUCAGCUCGGCGCCGUUCGUCAGGCUGAUGCACUCGCCAGCCAGGUGAGGCCUCUCGCCAGGCCGGCGCAAUGCUUCGCCAGGCGUCUGCCUUGCGUCGGAGGGAACAGGCUGAGCGGGGCCUUUCUUCGGGCUGCGGAUGUCUUUCCUUCGUAAGAUUGACCCCGUUCUUUCGUCGGACUGACGUGCUUCGCCAGAUUGACCGCGUUCGCCGGACUGACGUCCUUCGCGAAAGGUCUUCGCUAUCUUCAAGGGCCUCGCGCCACAGGGAGGCCUCGCGUCAGUUUUUCUGGCGGAGGUCGUUCGUCAGAUGUCUGCUGUCGCGGGUCUCACUCUUGUCGUGUCGGAGGUCUUGGGCCCAAAGGUCGUCUUUGGUCCACGCACAGGUCGCCGGUGGUCCACAGGUCGCCUGUGGCCCAAAGGUCGUCUUCGGUCCAAAGGUCGGCUUUGGUCCAGAGGUCGUCUGUGGUCCAGAGGUCGCUUUUGGUCCAGCGGCCGUCUUUGGUCCAAAGGUCGCCUUACUUUGGUCCAAAGGUCGCCCUACUUUGGUCCAAAGGUCGCCCUACUUUGGUCCAGAGGUCGAAGGGUCGCCUUACUUUGGUCCAAAAGUCGCCCUACUUUGGUCCAGAGGUCGGCGCACUUUGGUCCAAAGGUCGGCUUACUUUGGUCCAAAGGUCGGCUUACUUUGGUCCAAAGGUCGCCUUACUUUGGUCCAAAGGUCGCCUUACUUUGGUCCAAAGGUCGCCCUACUUUGGUCCAGAGGUCGCCGGGUCGCCUUACUUUGGUCCAAAAGUCGCCCUACUUUGGUCCAGAGGUCGGCGCACUUUGGUCCAAAGGUCGGCUUACUUUGGUCCAAAGGUCGGCUUACUUUGGUCCAAAGGUCGCCUUACUUUGGUCCAAAGGUCGCCUUACUUUGGUCCAAAGGUCGCCCUACUUUGGUCCAGAGGUCGCCGCACUUUGGUCCAGAGGUCGCCUGUGGUCCCGCGGUCGUCUUCGGUCCCAAGGUCGUCUUUGGUUUCAAGGUCGUCUUUGGUCCCAGUGUCGUCUUAAGUCCCAAGGUCUCCUGUGGUCCAGAGGUCGCCUGUGGUCCAAAGGUCGCCCCUGGGUCAAAGAUCGCCUUUGGGCCAAAGAUCGUCUUUGGGUCAAAGAUCGCCUGUGCUCCAAAGGUCGUCUUUGGUCCAAAGGUCGCCUUUAGUCCGAAGAUCGCCCUUGGUCCAACGGUCGCCCUUCGUCCAAAGCUCGUCUUUGGUCCAAAGAUCGGCUUUGGUCCAUGUGUCUUUGGUCCAAGGUCUUUGCCCUUUCGGUGGGCGGUCUUUCGUUGGCUGUCUCUCUUUGGACUUUUCUCCCCAGCUUGCGCCCCCACCCCCGUCGGCCAUUUUUCUGCCUUCUUUUCUGGUGGUCUGCCACGGGGCCGCAACGUAAAUCCCAACAAGGAAACGGCCGGAGGCUAUCGGGCUUGAGACUGAGGGGAAAGGGCAGGAGACUAUGGGCAAUAGCUUCGCGAAAGAAGCUGACUAAUCUCCGGUGGGUUAGGCGGGGAGUUUUAUGGCGGCGAUCAAUGGCGAGAUUAAUAAUAUAGAUUAAUAAUAUAGAUUAAUAAUAUAGAUUAAUAAUAUAGAUUAAUAAUAUAGAUUAAUAAUAUAGAUUAAUAAUAUAGAUUAAUAAUAUAGAUUAAUAAUAUAGAUUAAUAAUAUAGAUUAAUAAUAUAGAUUAAUAAUAUAGAUUAAUAAUAUAGAUUAAUAAUAUAGAUUAAUAAUAUAGAUUAAUAAUAUAGAUUAAUAAUAUAGAUUAAUAAUAUAGAUUAAUAAUAUAGAUUAAUAAUAUAGAUUAAUAAUAUAGAUUAAUAAUAUAGAUUAAUAAUAUAGAUUAAUAAUAUAGAUUAAUAAUAUAGAUUAAUAAUAUAGAUUAAUAAUAUAGAUUAAUAAUAUAGAUUAAUAAUAUAGAUUAAUAAUAUAGAUUAAUAAUAUAGAUUAAUAAUAUAGAUUAAUAAUAUAGAUUAAUAAUAUAGAUUAAUAAUAUAGAUUAAUAAUAUAGAUUAAUAAUAUAGAUUAAUAAUAUAGAUUAAUAAUAUAGAUUAAUAAUAUAGAUUAAUAAUAUAGAUUAAUAAUAUAGAUUAAUAAUAUAGAUUAAUAAUAUAGAUUAAUAAUAUAGAUUAAUAAUAUAGAUUAAUAAUAUAGAUUAAUAAUAUAGAUUAAUAAUAUAGAUUAAUAAUAUAGAUUAAUAAUAUAGAUUAAUAAUAUAGAUUAAUAAUAUAGAUUAAUAAUAUAGAUUAAUAAUAUAGAUUAAUAAUAUAGAUUAAUAAUAUAGAUUAAUAAUAUAGAUUAAUAAUAUAGAUUAAUAAUAUAGAUUAAUAAUAUAGAUUAAUAAUAUAGAUUAAUAAUAUAGAUUAAUAAUAUAGAUUAAUAAUAUAGAUUAAUAAUAUAGAUUAAUAAUAUAGAUUAAUAAUAUAGAUUAAUAAUAUAGAUUAAUAAUAUAGAUUAAUAAUAUAGAUUAAUAAUAUAGAUUAAUAAUAUAGAUUAAUAAUAUAGAUUAAUAAUAUAGAUUAAUAAUAUAGAUUAAUAAUAUAGAUUAAUAAUAUAGAUUAAUAAUAUAGAUUAAUAAUAUAGAUUAAUAAUAUAGAUUAAUAAUAUAGAUUAAUAAUAUAGAUUAAUAAUAUAGAUUAAUAAUAUAGAUUAAUAAUAUAGAUUAAUAAUAUAGAUUAAUAAUAUAGAUUAAUAAUAUAGAUUAAUAAUAUAGAUUAAUAAUAUAGAUUAAUAAUAUAGAUUAAUAAUAUAGAUUAAUAAUAUAGAUUAAUAAUAUAGAUUAAUAAUAUAGAUUAAUAAUAUAGAUUAAUAAUAUAGAUUAAUAAUAUAGAUUAAUAAUAUAGAUUAAUAAUAUAGAUUAAUAAUAUAGAUUAAUAAUAUAGAUUAAUAAUAUAGAUUAAUAAUAUAGAUUAAUAAUAUAGAUUAAUAAUAUAGAUUAAUAAUAUAGAUUAAUAAUAUAGAUUAAUAAUAUAGAUUAAUAAUAUAGAUUAAUAAUAUAGAUUAAUAAUAUAGAUUAAUAAUAUAGAUUAAUAAUAUAGAUUAAUAAUAUAGAUUAAUAAUAUAGAUUAAUAAUAUAGAUUAAUAAUAUAGAUUAAUAAUAUAGAUUAAUAAUAUAGAUUAAUAAUAUAGAUUAAUAAUAUAGAUUAAUAAUAUAGAUUAAUAAUAUAGAUUAAUAAUAUAGAUUAAUAAUAUAGAUUAAUAAUAUAGAUUAAUAAUAUAGAUUAAUAAUAUAGAUUAAUAAUAUAGAUUAAUAAUAUAGAUUAAUAAUAUAGAUUAAUAAUAUAGAUUAAUAAUAUAGAUUAAUAAUAUAGAUUAAUAAUAUAGAUUAAUAAUAUAGAUUAAUAAUAUAGAUUAAUAAUAUAGAUUAAUAAUAUAGAUUAAUAAUAUAGAUUAAUAAUAUAGAUUAAUAAUAUAGAUUAAGAAUAUAGAUUAAGAAUAUAGAUUAAGAAUAUAGAUUAAGAAUAUAGAUUAAGAAUAUAGAUUAAGAAUAUAGAUUAAGAAUAUAGAUUAAUAAUAUAGAUUAAUAAUAUAGAUUUUUUUUUUGUUAUGUUUUUUAUCUAUCAACUUAUAAGAAUUUUCCCCAUUUUAAUGAGGUGUGCUGCAAAUCUUGAUUGGCUUCUUCCCUUUUUUUUUUAUAGGGUCGAGGUUUAGGUCCAGCGGCGCUCAAAGCACUAAAUAAAACAACCGGCUCGUUUUUACCUCUAGCGUGUAGCCCUUCCAACAACCUAGUUAAUUAUUAUCUACAGUAAAGUACCCAGAUUAUCUACCAGCCUAUCAUCAACAUUGAGUUUGAUACAACUAGGUGGACCAUGAUUCGUAUUCAGUGCUCCUGUCGUGGCCCUCCCCUCGUCUGCCUCCCCACGACACCACCUUCAUCACGCUACAACGAGUAUCGAGCAGCAGAGAAGAGUAUUUCUACUCAAGGCAGCUUGCGUGUCCUCGUCUUUGAUACGGAGGAGGCGAAGGUCGCUGUCCGCGAAAUUUUCGACGAUGCUCCAGAAACGCGCGUCCUUCUCUGCGUCUGUUAAGGGUUCUUCCCAAAUUCGUACAUUCUUCACCAAAAUACUCCCUGACUGUGACGUCUCGACUUUUUCCAGUAAAAGAUAGUUCAGGUGGGAAGAUGUAUAAUUGAAGUAGAAUGCACCAAUGUGGGAACGACCUCUAAGUUUGGGGAAAGCCAGAUGCUGAUCCACGGGUUUUGCAGAAAUUAGUGGAAGUCCUCAAAGUAAACCUCCAAGCCCUGAAGCAAGUCUUCGAUUCAGGCAUCCCACCUAAGGAUGAAGCCUAGAACAUGAAAACAUGAACAACUAUACCCUAAAUUCUUCAGAGCGUCAAUUCUUCUGAGCGUAAGCAUGAAUUAUAGUACCCUAACUCAGUGGUCACGUACAUUCUACUCCCGCGCAGUUCCACUUCAGUAUCUGAGGAGCUCUGAGAAUCAGAGCUUGUUGUAGUCAAGAACAUUAUACAUUUAUAAUCGUGCCGAGGAAUGCAGUCAUC